GUGCGUGCUGGGCGCUUCAUUUUUAAAAAUAUUAUUUUGAUUUCGGUUCUACUCGAUGCUCUAUUGCGCCAUCUCUUUCUAGCGCCUUGUAUAAUUGUGAUUUGUGGUUAAUUUAAAUAAAUAAUCCUUAAAGUGAAUUGAAUCGCAGUGCAUCAUCGCCAAGUGAGUGACUGUUGUCAGAAAAAAUACACGGAAAAAUGGAUCCCAGUAAUUUACCCUUUGGUUUUCCUGGCCUGCCUGGCCAUGGGCACUUGCCUAUACCACCAACUGCCAACAUGCUGACGGGUGGACAUCCUGGACCCACAGCCAGUCCACCACAAAGUGUUCCCGGACGCAGAACUCCUCUGGGCUCUGUGGGAUUGGGUGGCUUCUAUGCCCAAGGCAUGGGCGGAAUUACCCAGCAGCAAUUACAGCAACAGCAGCCAACGGAUGAGAAUAAGCCAGGACCUAGCGGUAGCGGCGAUAAACCCUUGAGUCCCACAGCGGCGGCCAUAGCUGCCAUAAGUGGUGGCACCACCACUGUAGCACUAUCCAGUGGUAUUGGCUUGAGUGGCGCACCUGGAGGCAGUGGCUCGGGUGGUAAUGGUGGCAAGCAAAAGAAUCGGCAGGGUAAAACAGUCCGAUUAAAUAUCAAUGCCAGGGAGCGAAGGCGGAUGCAUGAUUUAAAUGAUGCCUUGGAUGAGCUUAGAAGUGUCAUACCCUAUGCCCAUUCACCCUCGGUGAGGAAACUAUCAAAAAUAGCCACCCUGUUGCUGGCCAAAAACUAUAUAUUGAUGCAGCAAAAUGCCCUGGAAGAAUUGAGAAGACUUUUGGCCUAUAUACAAAGCACCACGGGAGCUGCCCCCUUGGACUUGGGUGCAUUUCCGGCAGCUGCCAAACUGCAGGCUCUACUCCAAGGACCUCACAAUGAACCCCCAACUAGCAGUAACAACAGUUAAAUAUAUAUACAUUUCCAAAUUUAAUUAGCAAUCGAUGAGCAAUAUUAACUAAGUCAAUCGAAACCAAAAAACUGUAUACCGAAUUCAUGUAUUUGGUUAUCUAGUCAGGCAAUGAAAAAAAGAGUUGCCAGUUUUUUUGUAGGAGCAGCCCAGUGAGAAUCUGUUAAGUGAUAUUUAGUUCUUUUAUAAGCAAACUUUUUAAAUAAUAAUGUCAUACUAUUUAUAAGUGGCAUUUUAUCCAUUAAAACUAAAAUAAAGUAAUAGAAAAUGAUUUUGAAUUUCUUGAAAAACGCCAAAAU